AUUGUCCUUGCUGGGUCGGUAAGUUAGAGCUCAACGUGAUGAACACUCGUGAGUUUGUUGUGAAUCAAAGAGCCCACCGUUUUCGAAGAUAAAAGUGUAUUAUUAUUGGAUCAAAUGGCAGCGCAACGUGCAUUACCACAGAGCAAAGAAGCUUUGUUAAAAUCAUAUACAACGCGAUUGAAGGACGACGUUAAAUCGAUGUUAGAAAAUUUCGAAGAAAUCGUCAAGCUUGCUAAAGGUGAAAAUGAUUCGCAACUCUCACGGAUGGCACAAUGCGAACAGGACACUUUUGAAAUGCAUGUCAGGGCAGCUAACAUUGUUAGAGCCGGUGAAUCACUGAUGAAGUUGGUUUCCGAUAUAAAACAGUAUCUGAUUCUUAAUGAUUUUCCAUCCGUGAAUGAUGCCAUAGCGCACAAUAGUAAAUUGUUUAGAACGAAGCAAGCCGAAUGCGAUCAGAAAUUGGCAUCUUUGAGAGAUGAUAUGGCGGCUGAUUUGUAUGACCUAGAAGAAGAAUAUUAUACUUCGAUAUAUAAAUAACACCCGUUAAAUCUUAGGAAAUUUCUAAUUCUUUAAGUUCAUGAUGUUAUAAAUUUUUAAUAUUUAUUUAAAUAAAUAGGAUUAAUUUUUAUAAGACGAC